AUGGGGGCUUCUCCGCAAACCCCGAACUAUGGCCAAGACCGCCACGAGGACCGGGAAAAUGUUCAUCUUGCCUCUCAGGACGCUUCAAACUUGAUCGGUCAUCAUGCAGAUUUGUCAAGUACAGAUAGCGACACCGAUCUCGAGAGCGACGACACUGUAAUCCCCCAAAGCGACUCCAGGUCGAGGAGAUCGGAGUUCGCACCGCUGAUGACCAAUCACCGACGAUUUUCCUCACUCGACGAAGAUGAUCGCGAUCAUGAUCAUGACGGUGUGCUGGGUCCGGCCGAUGGGGAUGAAGAGAAACCGGUAACUUGGAGCUCGUUACCGAAGAAGGGCCAGUUGGCAAUCUUGACUUUGGCGCGACUGUCAGAGCCGUUGACGCAGACCUCUCUGCAGGCGUACAUGUUCUAUCAGCUCAAAUCAUUCGAUCCAUCUUUGCCAGAUUCGAAGAUCUCCGCGCAGGCGGGUAUCCUCCAGGGUAGCUUUACAGCUGCACAAUUCAUCACCGCUGUCUGGUGGGGCCGUCUUGCUGAUGCUGAAUGGAUGGGCAGGAAAAGAGUGCUGUUGAUUGGAUUGAUGGGUACUUGUCUGUCUUGUAUCGGCUUUGGCUUCUCUCGAUCUUUUGCGACGGCCAUGGUCUUUCGGACACUGGGCGGGAUAUUGAAUAGCAAUGUAGGAGUAAUGCGGACGCUGAUUGCAGAGAUCAUUGCUGAGAAGAAUUUUCCGCAACUUUUUGGCCCGGGAUCUCUCCUUGGAGGUAAAGAAGGUGUGUGGUGGAUGCAGCGUUGGCCGUAUGCAUUGCCGAAUCUUUUGAGCGCAAUCUUCAUAUUUGCAUCAUUUCUCGCAGUAUUUCUUGGGCUCGAUGAGACACAUGAAAUUGCACGUUAUAGAAGCGACUGGGGUCGUAAACUCGGCAAACGGAUCACAAGAGCUUGGACACGACGACCUCGCCACUAUCGUCCGCUGACGCGCUCCAGAGACGAUGGCUCCAUCUACACGGACGGCAGUGUUGGUACUUGGUCUACGCCGUCGAGUCCAGCCCGCUCUCGUGUGCAUCCACGGCCACAUAAGAAGAUCGGGUUCCGCCAGAUCUGGACACGCAACAUCAUCCUGACUUUGGUGGCUCACUUCCUACUUGCCUUCCACACAAGCGCCUUUAACUCUAUGACAUUCGUAUUUUUGCCCGCACCCCGUGCACCAGAGAACUCCCGGCAGGGUCUUUUCCAUUUUGGCGGCGGACUAGGUCUUCCAUCAUCACGAGUUGGGCUUGCUACUGCGAUUAUUGGUUUCAUCGGCCUGCCACUCCAGAUCUUCCUCUACCCGCUGAUACAGACAAAGCUCGGCACACUCACGUCAUUCCGAACGUUCCUUCCUUUUUCGCCUAUUGCAUACAUGCUGAUGCCCUUUUUGGUGAUUCUUCCGCGCAUACCAUGGAUUGUUUGGCCUUCUUUCACGUUCGUCGUUAGCUUACAGGUCAUCUCGCGGACAUUCAUCCUGCCGGCUGCAAUUAUCUUGGUGAACAACUGUGUCACGGAUCCAUCUAUUCUAGGCACAGUCCAUGGAGUGGCGCAGAGUAUCUCUAGUGGAGCUCGAACCCUGGGCCCAUUCCUGGGUGGCUGGGGGCUGGGCUUGGGGCUCGAGAACAAUAUGAUUGGUGCUGUGUGGUGGGCACUGGCUGUUGAGGCUUUGCUUGGUUGGGCUAUGCUGUGGAGUAUUUACGAGGGCAAGGGGAUCGAACGCAAGAAACACGAGGUAGAGGGGGAUGAGGAGUGA